AUGUUUGUGGGUAGUCCCGGCAGUACCGGCAGCGGCCACUCCAUCCGCCUGGGGACCAACGAGGAUACGUCGCAGCACAUGCCUGUGCUCUUCCCCACCUAUGCCCAGCAGCAGCAGCACGUGCAGCAGCAGCCGCAAGAGCGUGUACCUGACGCGCGACGGGCUGCGCCGCAACCGGCGGCGCCAAUGCGGCCGGCGGCGCAGGUGAAGAUGCGGCUGGGCACCAACGAGGACUUCUCGCAGUACAUGCCGCCCAUCCACCGCGCCUCCGCCGGUCCCGCUGCGCCUCAAGCCAGCCCUUUCGGCGCGGCGGACGUGGCGUCCAUGCUGGGCGCGCGCGUCGACGCCAUGACGAUUUCGCCGGGGGGGCCGCCCAGGCGGACCAGCUUCGAGGCCAGUCCCAAGGCGAGCCGCGACGCGUUGGCGGCGGUGGAGCGCUCGCAGUCGCACGACAGUCGUGGCCUCGCGGCCGGCCUGCGCGGCAGCGCGCCAAUGGCGGGCGGCAGCCCGCGGAAGGACGGGUUGGCGCCUGGGAUGGCGGGGUCCCCAUCGUACGGCGCGCGACCCUUCCCCGAUAGAGGCGUCGGGGUGCGUUUGCCGCACCUCCACCGUCUCCAUACCCUCUCCCCCCUACUCGCUCCGUUUCUUACCCUGGCUUGCUCCCCUCCCUGGCUUGCUCCCCUCCCCGUUCCUCCUCUUUUUCUCUCUUCAGUGCGCUCUGCUCCCUUCGUCCCCCCCCUGACCUUUCCUUCUCGAACCACGCCUCCCCCAAUGCCGCCCCCUCUCCACCCGCUCCCCUCCCCCCCUCCUCCCGCUCCCCUCCCCCCCUCCUCCCGCCUCCAGUUUCCAUCCGCCGCAGGCUCUCAGGGCAUGCGCGCCGCGCCGUACGCGGCGCGUUCCGCUCAGACCAGCAGCCCGCCAGCCGCGCACGUAGCCGCGGCGAGGGGGUCGGGCGGGGGAAUGGGGUCGGGCGGGGGAAUGGCGUCGGGCGGGGGGACGGGGUGGGGCGCGGGGAGGCAGCAGCAGGCGCCGAUGCCGCUACCGGGGCGGCAGGCGUCGGGGGGGGCGGGGGGCGCGUCGUGGGACAACAUGGGCAUGAGCAUGGGGUCGAACGUGGGCCUCAGCUCGUCGUGGAGCGACUUCGACACGCGCUCCAUCGGCAGCGCGGGGGGCAGCAGCGCGCGCCUCACGGAGGGCGGGGGGGGCGCGGAGUGCCGGCAGUUCACACUGGCGCAGCUGGCGGCCGCCACCGACAACUUCAGCGACGCCAACCUGCUGGGCCGCGGCGCCUUCGGCAUGGUCAGCCCGCACUGCCUUGCCCCUCAACGCCGCCUCCCCCCCCGCACUGCCUUGCCCCUCAAUGCCGCCUCCCCCCCCGCACUGCGUUGCCCCCCAAUGCCGCCUCCCCUCCCCCUUCCAACCUUCUCCCCCCAUCACCCCCUUCUGUGUGGGGCGGCAAGGGGCGAGCUGAGAGAGUCGCUGGACGCCGCUCUCAGCCGCAAUGAACGCUCUUAUAAUACAAACAGCGCUGCCACUGCCCUCAAUGGAUGCUCGCUGUGCUGCACCCCGCAUUCCUGUUUCCCUCUGCACCCUUCCGUAUCGUUUCCGCCUUGGAAAUUCUUGUUUCUCCCACCGUCCCCGUUCGAUCGCCUAUCAACGUUUCGCCCCCUGCCAAGCUUGGCUCCCCCGCCCCCUGCCAAGCUUGGCUCCCCCGCCCCCUGCCAAGCUUGGCUCCCCCUCCCCCUGCCAAGCUUGGCUCCCCCUCCCCCUGCCAAGCUUGGCUCCCCCUCCCCCUGCCAAGCUUGGCUCCCCCUCCCCCUGCCAAGCUUGGCUCCCCCUCCCCCUGCCAAGCUUGGCUCCCCCUCCCCCUGCCAAGCUUGGCUCCCCCUCCCCCUGCCAAGCUUGGCUCCCCCUCACCCUGCCAAGCUUGGCUCCCCCUCCCCCUGCCAAGCUUGGCUCCCCCUCCCCCUUCCCAGCUUGGCUCCCCCUCCCCCUGCCAAGCUUGGCUCCCCCUCCCCCUGCCAAGCUUGGCUCCCCCGCCCCCUGCCAAGCUUGGCUCCCCCGCCCCCUGCCAAGCUUGGCUCCCCCGCCCCCUGCCAAGCUUGGCUCCCCCUCCCCCUGCCAAGCUUGGCUCCCCCGCCCCCUGCCAAGCUUGGCUCCCCCUCCCCCUGCCAAGCUUGGCUCCCCCGCCCCCUGCCAAGCUUGGCUCCCCCGCCCCCUGCCAAGCUUGGCUCCCCCUCCCCCUGCCAAGCUUGGCUCCCCCUCCCCCUGCCAAGCUUGGCUCCCCCUCCCCCUGCCAAGCUUGGCUCCCCCUCCCCCUGCCAAGCUUGGCUCCCCCUCCCCCUGCCAAGCUUGGCUCCCCCUCCCCCUGCCAAGCUUGGCUCCCCCUCCCCCUGCCAAGCGCCAGUCAUUCACCUGUUUGCCCCCAGAAUUUCCGCCCACGUUUCAUCCGGAGCCGCCCUGGAUGUGUGCGGCCACUGUAAAGGGGGCGCGGCGACAGGGGUGGUUAGGAUGGCUGUGGUGCGGCGACAGGGGUGGUUAG